CCGAGCUGGCGUAUUAGUUGUUGUGAAGUGUGGUUGGCGGCGGUGGUUGUCACUGGUCGGUACGGAGGAAAAAGAGAGAUACUACAGGAUAUAAUUGUAAGCGGUGUGGAUGGACUGAGAUUUCCUGCCUGCAAGUGGUAAAUUGAGGGACAGAUUGAGGCCGUAGUGAGACUCCAUCACUACCACACCCGGAGACAGCCGGACAGCAUGGUUGAAUACAUUGUGGAGUAUGACUACGACGCAGUACAUGAGGAUGAACUAACAAUGCGAGUAGGUGACAUCAUCAAGAAUGUGAAAAAGUUAGAAGAGGAAGGCUGGCUAGAAGGUGAAAUUAAUGGAAAACGAGGUGCCUUUCCAGACAAUUUUGUUAAGGAAGUAAAGAAGGAUGUUGAACCAAAGGUAGAGCACUUACCAGCUAAAAGAGAGAAAUCUGGAAAUGUAGCUAGUCUUGUACAACGAAUGAGUAUAUACGGCAUUCCUGGCAUGGGACCUCAUCCACAGAACAAAUCCUUCAAGAAAAGUUGAAGAAGGUUGGUGGAGUGGCAGUAAUGGAGGAAAAAUUGGGCUAUUUCCAUCAAACUUUGUUAAAGAGUUGGAAGUGUCAGACGAGGGAGAGUCUCAAGAUGCUCCUGAAGAUGGAGAGCUAGCUGCUGUAACACCUGCAUCUCCAGCCUCACCUGUACUGUCUCCAGGGAUCAAGUCUGAAAAUUCACCUUCACCAUUAUCCAUUGCACAGCCAAAGAAAAUCAUGAAAGUUGGAUUUGGAGACAUUUUCAAAGAGGGCUCUGUAAAACUUAAGGCAAGGGUACCAAGUUCAGAGAAUGAAGAAAAGAAACCUGAAAAGCCAUUAUCCACCCCGCAUACAGUUACAAAGUUACCUUCCACUUCCAAUUCAGAAACAUCCAAGACAGAAACAGAAAGCAAACCUAAAGCCAAAGAAUUUUGCAGAGCAUUAUAUAACUAUGAAGGUGUUAAUGAUGAUGAACUUAGUUUUAAAGAAGGUGACACUAUCCAGUUAUUAAGUAAAGAUACCGGGGAUCCAGGUUGGUGGAAGGGAGAACUAAAUGGUAAAGAAGGAGUGUUUCCAGACAAUUUUGCUGCUAUAAUUCAAGAUUCAGAAAAAGAAAAGCCAAAGAAGCCACCUCCUCCUUCCAAAUGUCCAGUACCAAAGCCAGAACUUCGAAUAGGAGAUAAAUCGUUUACUCCAACCAAAUCAGAUGAAAAAGAAGAAAAGCCACUAGUAGAUCUGAAACCUUCCAAGCCAGUAGCUCCUCAGGUUCCACCCAAGAAACCUGUCCUUACAAACAAGACUAAUAGUGCAUUGAAGCAUGUAACCAUUCCACCCAAGCGACCUGAAAAACCAGCCUUACCAACACCUACAUCCAAACCUCAUGCUAACGGAGAAUCACCCUUAAUUAGACCCAAGUCCGACAUUGAUCAACUUUUAAAAACUAAAACUGAUCUUGAGCAAUUCCUAAGCCGACCAAAAUCAGUGGAUGCAGAACCAUUUGUGGUUAAAACUCAGAAAGAAAAUGAGCCGCUAAUAUUUGAUGAAGUGCUACCUACCUCAGAGAAUUUAACACACCCCACUGCAAGCAGACCAAAGAUGCCUGGAAAAAGAUUACCUGGUCGUUUUAAUGGCUGUAAUUCA